AUGGCUAGUGACGGAAUCUCUAAAGAACAGGCAUUGAAUCGAAUAAAUUCUCAAAUGCCAUUGGAUUUGAAACAAGAAAAAGCUGAUAUUUAUGGACCCGUAGGUCCUCCCUCUGAUUUUGAGGAGUCUCAAGUGUUUCCUUUUGCUGCUGGAGGAGAUAAGCAUGCAAUUUGUAAGUGUUGCGGAAUGAUUCGAAUCGUAUUGAAUGUGUUUGGAGCAUGCAUCGUAACCACUACAGGAUCUUUAGUGUUGACAUGGCUUCACUGCCCCCCUGCUGCGACUGUAGGAACGCCUCUCGGCGUAAUUAUGUCUUCCACUCAUCUUCCUCUGGAUUAUAUACAAAUUCGUGACAAAAACGAAGAGCAAGAGCAACAGGGGAGAAUUGAGUUUGCCACCAGGGCCACGGCCAUGGCCACUGGUAGGCAAUCUUCAUCUCUUGGGAAGCCUUCCUCAAACGUGGCGCUCGCCCCCUAUGGAGAGUACUGGCGGCAGAUAAGAAAGCUGUGCACAAUGGAAUUGCUGACGGCCAACAGAACGGAGUCGUUCAGGUGGGUGAGGGGAGAACAGGUUUCCGCCAUGGUCCGAUCCGUGUGGGAGGAGAGCGAGAAGGGCGUAUGCUACGUCAACCUGCGGAAGCCCAUCUCCACUCUCACACUCAACAUUAUCUGCAGAAUGGUUGCAGGCAGAACUUACUCCGACCAUGAACUGGGCGGAGGGGAGUGGUUUGUACAGAUGGUGAUUGAAAUUAUGCAUCUCUCGGGAAUAGUUGUUCUGGGAGACUUCAUUCCCUCUCUUGCCUUUCUCGAUUGGCGAGGUUAUCGCCGCCGUAUGCAGGCCGCUCAUAAAAUAUUCGAUGUGUUUGCUGACAAGCUCAUUGAUGAGCACGUUGAGCGGAGAAGGACAAAAAAGUCGGACGAUCAGGACAUUGUGGACGUGCUGCUGGACAUGGCCGAGAGCGAAAGUUCUGAGAUACAAGUCUCUCGAGUUCACAUCAAAGCAAUCGUCUUGGAUAUGUUAAGUGCUGGAGUAGACACAUCUGCCACAAGUGUAGAAUGGGCAAUGACUGAGCUGCUGAGAAACCCUCAAGUAAUGGCAAAGGCACAACAAGAGAUUGAAUUAGAGGUUGGGAGAGGUCGCAUCGUAACAGAGAGUGAUCUGGCAAGCCUAGACUACUUGCGAUGUGUGGUGAAGGAAACACUUCGAUUACAUCCACCAGGCCCCUUGCUUGUGCCACAUGAGUCCACCCAGGGUUGCAAUGUUGUUGGACACUACAUCGCACCAAAAACAAGGUUGCUGGUGAACGUUUGGGCAAUUGGAAGAGAUGAAAGUGUUUGGGAAGAUCCUUUAGAAUUCAAGCCUGAGAUAUUUAUCGGCUCGAGCAUAGAUGUGAAAGGCCACCAUUUUGAGUUGUUGUCUUUCGGAGCAGAAAGGAGAGGACGCCCUGGCAUUUCCAUGGGGUUUUCUGUUGUUUACUUGGUUCUGGCUCAGCUUAUACAUUGCUUUCAUUGGAGUGUGGAGGGUAAUUUGGAUAGGGAUGAAGUGUUCGGAUUGACCCUACCAAAGAAGUUUCCUCUCUCUGCUCUUCCCUCCUGGAGGCUUACUACUGAGAAGCCAAUAUAA